AUGAAGCUAUUCACUAUACUCGUGGCCACGGCUGCUGCUUUUUCGAGCACCGUGACUGCCGCACCGGUCGAGAGCGUCACCAGGGCCACGGCAGCCUCAGACGCCUGGUUUGAGGGCUGGUCUGGAAAAUCAUUUACAGGCUACAAGAAACGUUACGAGGUUCAAUGGGACACUUGCCAUGACAUUCGCGCCGACUUCCCACCUGGGACGAGUGACGGCCUGUCCACGAUGCAGAUCGGCGACCAGGGAGUGACCGAGUGUACCAUAUACAACAAUCCAAACUGCAGCGUACGGCCCGGCGAGGACAGGGACUGGGGUGACCGCCUGCAAUGCAGCGGCGUCUACACCGAUCUCGACGACCCAGAGAUCGGCUGGGCCAACAAGGCCCAGUCCUUUAAGUGCUAUCGCGUUCGGUGA